ACCAACACUAGUUUCCUCAUAUAUCACUUUAACCUAUUAGCCAAAAUAAGGAAGAGAAAGACGAUCAUCAAAAAUAUUUCUCUUUUUUCCUAGCAAUAAGUCACCAUGGCCAUGGCUUUUAAGAUGGCGACAACGGGCAUGUGGGUAACUGAUGAAUGCAAGAAUUCAUUCAUGGAGAUGAAAUGGAAGAAGGUUCAUAGGUACAUAGUUUUCAAGAUUGAUGAGAAGUCCAAGUUGGUGACUGUGGACAAAGUUGGCGGACCUGGUGAAAGUUAUGAUGAUUUGGCUGCCUCUCUUCCCAAAGACGACUGCCGAUAUGCUGUCUAUGAUUUCGACUUUGUCACUGUCGAUAAGUGCCACAAAAGCAAGAUCUUCUUUAUUGCAUGGGCUCCAGCAGAAUCAAGAAUAAGAGCAACAAUGUUAUAUGCAACUUCAAAAGAUGGCAUUAGAAGAGUUCUAGAUGGAAUACACUAUGAAGUUCAAGCGACGGAUCCAACGGAGAUGGGAAUCGAUGUGAUUAAGGACAGAGCCAAAUGAGAUGUCAUUUUUAUAAGGAAGGAAAUCAAAUCAAUGCUUUUUGGCAUCUUUUCUUACUUGUUUUAAACUCCACUUAAUUAGAGCUAUUAGUGCUUUUUGUAAGAUCAAUCUCUAUUUUUUUUUAUCUCUAAAGUAAGGUUGAUCUGACCUACUAAUUUGUACUAAUAUUAUCAUGUCCUUUUCAGCUAAUUAUAACCACAAAUCUUAAUUGUCCC